AUGUUUGACACUGACGGCGGUCGCCAAUGCGUAGGCUACGGCACGGGCUUAUUCUACGAUAUCAAGCAAUUGAAUGAAGCAGCAGCAGCAGAAGAUAAACAUGUCAAAGAAAAUAAUACCAUCCAUCGUCAGCAAGUACAGACGCAGACGCUUCAUCGACGUUAUAACGUGGCAUGUAUUUUUGUCAUGGGCGUUUGUAUUGUCGUGCUGCUAUUUGUGUCUUCUAUGUAUGAGGAACGACAGAAGAAUUUACGGAUCAAGUCAAUCAAUGGACUUGCAUCAAGACGGUUCAAAUUACUGAAUCAGGUAUUACAACAGUUACCGGAACUUGAACCACUGGAAACAAGAGUGUCAAUUAAUGGAGAGCUUCAUACCGGUAUUACCGUCACUGAAAAGCUUGUGAACAAUGGUCCUAUCGCGUUUUACACCCGUGCAUAUGAGAAUUCUGUGCCUGGUCCGUUGUUGGUUCUAAAGCCAGGAGAUGUACUAAAUAUUCAUUUAGUAAACAAUUUAGGUCCGAAUGAACCAGGAGAAUGGACUCGUAAUACAAUGCACGAGCCGAAUAAUACGAAUCUACACUUUCAUGGCAUGCAUGUUGACCCCACUGGUUUUGAAGACAAUAUAUUUCGUAUUGUAACACCUGGCACAAGUAUUAAGACACAACUCCAUAUUCCAUUGAAUCAUCCAAGAGGAUUGUUUCACUAUCAUCCACAUUUUCACGGCUCGGUGUUUUUGCAAAUGGGUGGAGGAAUGGUAGGACCGAUCGUGGUGGAAGAUGAUCCGGAGACGGUACCGAAACAGUAUGCAGCAAUUAAGCAGAAACAUGUUGUCGUGCUACAGGAAUUUAGGUUCAGCGGUGGUAUAAUGGCAUCAUUGAUACGGGCAGCUCAAGCAUCGCGCAGUACGUUGGAUUUGCAACUCAUGUAUACCGAUAAGAUCAAGCUUGAAGCACAGGUGAGGAAGUUGUAUCCAGAUAUACAGAAGGCUGAACGACCCAUUGGAAAUGCCAAGCUGUCAAAGGAACUACUGGAAGAAAUGGACCUGUCAGAGAGUAAGACUCAGAUGCCACCGAUUGCUCAAUACUUCUCCGUUAACGGACAGUAUUUGCCCAAGAUUCAAGUGCGGCCGCAUGAAAACGUUCUUCUUCGCAUGCUGCAUGCUGGUGGGACGGCUAUAUUGGAAGUACAGGUGCCCGGCUGUUCGAUCACAGUGGCCUCAAGUGACGGUCUUUAUCUGCCCAAACCUCGGCAGAUGGAAACUGUGAUUCUUUCGCCUGGAGCUCGAGUCGACUUCAUUUUAAAUUGUGAGCCUAGCGUAGACGGCGGUCUUGAAUUGUUGCGUCCAAUUCAAUCCGUGAAAAACCCGAAGCUUCAUGGUGUUAUGGGCAACCACUCGGAUCUCUACUCUGGUGUAUUAGCGUUUAUCCACGUUCAAGGCAAGUCGCUUGCUGAGCCUCUUAUCACAGCGGUACCACCGCCUUCGGAACUUUAUGGUCCAUUAAAAAGCUUGCUCGAUGUAUCUGCGGAGGAUCGCGCUGGAAUGGAUCCGGUACCAUUUGAGUUUGAGUUCACGAUGGGUGAUGAUAUAGUGAUAAAGGACGGCUUUUACUACAAGCCGUACUACAUUAACCAUGCGCAGUUCAAUGGUACUAGCAUCCGGACGAUGACCCUUGGUCGUGUGCAGGAGUGGAUUAUCAUCAACAGGAGAGACGAGAACGGUGAAGUGACACUAAGAAAUCAUCCGUUUCAUCUGCACACGAAUGCUUUCCAAAUUGUGGAUAUGAGUCAUGGUCACGGUAUUGACUAUGAGGUUGGCGAUUGGCGCGACGUCAUCUCCGUGCCUACGCCUGGAAAUGUAACUAUUCGUUUUCGCCCACAAGAUUACACAGGUAUUGUGGUUGCACACUGUCAUAUUCUUGGCCACUCGGACGCGGGUAUGAUCGCCGGCGUUGAAAUGAUCGCGGGGGAUUGA